CCGGCCUAGCACUCCACCGGUGUUUCCAUGGAGACCGAGGCCGGGCCCGCGCGGCCUCGCGGCGUUGCCAUGGAGACAACUCCCGGGCUGGGGCUCCGCAGCCCCGGCUCACCGCUGGCUCAGAACCCCGUCGAGCCGCUGUGCGAGACCGGAACCGCGGUGGCGGCGGCAGCACGCUGGGACCUGCGAAAACAUUCUUUGCUCAUCGUGAUCGGCGAUAUCGGUACAGAGAGUCAGCUGAGGGCCGUGCGGGCCCACCUUGAACAAGGGAUUCUCUCCUGGAACAUUGACUUAUCCUCCUUUGACUUGAACCAACAGUUGAGACUCUUCAUUACCCGGCACCUAGCUCACUUCUCCUCAGAGGUCAAAGGCCAGAGGACCCUCUGCCACCAGAGUGAGAUCCUAGAGACUGUGAUCCUGGUGAACCCCAGCGCAGACAGCAUCAGCUCUGAGGUUCGCCAUUUUCUCAGCAGCCCAUCGGCUCACAAGCUACUGAUCUUGAGUGGGCAAAGCUUAGAGCCUGGGGGAGACCUCAUCCUGCAGAGCGGCACCUACUCCUACCAAGACUUCGCCCAGGUCCUACAUAACCCGGAGAUUGCUCAGUUGCUCAGCAAUAGAGACCCUGGGAUCCAGGCCUGCCUCACCGUGUCCUGCUUAGGGGAGGGUGAUUGGAGCCAUCUGGGACUAUCCAGUUCCCAAGAGACCCUGCACCUCCGGCUCAACCCUGAGCCCAGGCUGCCCGCCAUGGACGGCGUGGCUGAGUUCUCUGAGUACGUCUCUGAGACCGUGGACGUGCCGUCCCCUUUCGACCUGCUAGAGCCCCCCACCUCAGGGGGCUUCCUCAAGCUCUCCAAGCCUUGCUGCUACAUCUUCCCUGGUGGCCGCGGGGACUCAGCCCUCUUCGCUGUCAAUGGGUUCAACAUCCUGGUGGACGGGGGCUCCGAUCGCAAGUCCUGCUUCUGGAAGCUGGUGCGGCACCUGGACCGAAUCGACUCGGUGCUACUCACCCACAUCGGGGCAGACAACCUGCCGGGCAUCAAUGGCCUCCUGCAGCGCAAAGUGGCAGAGCUGGAGGAGGAGCAGUCGCAGGGCUCGAGCAGCUACAGCGACUGGGUGAAGAACCUCAUCUCGCCCGAGCUCGGCGUCGUCUUCUUCAACGUGCCCGAUAAGCUGCGGCUGCCGGAUGCCUCCCGCAAGGCCAAGCGCAGCAUCGAGGAGGCCUGCCUCACACUGCAGCACCUACACCGCCUGGGCAUCCAGGCCGAGCCUCUGUACCGUGUGGUCAGCAACACCAUCGAGCCACUGACCCUCUUCCACAAAAUGGGCGUGGGCCGGCUGGACAUGUAUGUCCUCAACCCCGUUAAGGACAGCAAGGAGAUGCAGUUCCUCAUGCAAAAGUGGGCAGGCAACAGCAAAGCCAAGACGGGCAUCGUGCUGGCCAACGGGAAGGAGGCUGAGAUCUCGGUGCCCUACCUGACCUCCAUCACGGCUCUGGUGGUCUGGCUACCAGCCAACCCCACCGAGAAGAUCGUGCGAGUGCUUUUUCCAGGCAACGCUCCCCAGAACAAGAUCCUGGAGGGCCUGGAAAAGCUCCGGCAUCUGGACUUCCUGCGCUACCCUGUGGCCACCCAGAAGGACCUGGCCUCUGGGGCUGUGCCUGCCAACCUGAAACCCAGCAAAAUCAAACAGCGGGCAGACAGCAAGGAGAGCCUCAAAGCCGCCACCAAAACAGCCGUGAGCAAGCUGGCCAAGCGGGAGGAGGUGGUAGAAGAGGGAGCCAAGGAGGCCCGCUCGGAGAUGGCCAAAGAGGUAGCCAAGACUGAGAAGAAGGCCAAAGAGCCCACCGAGAAGCCCCCAGAGAAGCCUGCCAAGCCCGAGAGGGUGAAGACGGAGUCCAGCGAGGCUCUGAAGGCGGAGAAGCGGAAGCUGAUCAAGGACAAGGUCGGGAAGAAGCACCUCAAAGAGAAGAUUUCGAAGCUGGACGAGAAAAAGGACAAGGAGAAAAAAGAGAUCAAGAAGGAGAGGAAGGAGCUCAAGAAGGAUGAAGGAAGGAAGGAGGAGAAGAGGAAAGACACCAAACCCGAGGCCAAGAAGAUUUCCAAGCCAGACCUGAAGCCCUUCACCCCCGAGGUACGGAAGACCCUCUUCAAAGCCAAGGCCCCUGCAAGAGUGAAGCUGGACAAGAGCCGGGCUGCCCGUGGGGAGAAGGAGCCGCCUUCUGAGCCCCGGACGCCCCCGGCCCAGAAGGCGGCUGCGCCACUCCCAUCAGUCGCCGGGCACCGGGAGCUGGCCUUGUCCUCACCAGAGGACCUCACCCAGGACUUUGAGGACCUGAAAAGGGAGGAGAGGGCUUUGCUGGCCGAACAGAGGGACACAGGACUAGGAGAGAAACCACUGCCUAUGGAUUCUACACAGGAGGGGCCCCCCAGCCUGGCUCCCCAGGGAACACAGCCCUCUGUCCCUGGGCGGGAACCAGAAGAGCGUGUGACGGAAAAGGAAGCUGUCCCAGAAAUCCCUGGGGAACAAGGCAGCAAGGACCAAGGCCCGGACUCUGGGGCAGAGACAGAGGAAGAGAAAGAAACCUGUGAGGAGAAGCAGCAGCAGGAAGCAGAGAGACUCCCAGACAGACCAGAAGCCAGAGAGGAGAGUGAGCCCGAGCUGAAGGAGGACGUGAUCGAGAAAGCCGAGGUAGAAGAAAUGGAGGAGGCACGGCCGUCAGACGAGGAGGAGGAGGAGGAGACGAAGGCUGAGGGUCUGUACCAAAAGCAUAUGCAGGAAGCCUUCAAGGUGACUGCCAGGGACAGAGAGGCUCUCGAGGGCCGGGAACUGGGGCCCCAGGCUAAGGUCCCCGAGAAGGAGACCGCAUCAUUCCUAAGCAGCCUGGCCACCCCUGCGGGAGCCACUGAACAUGUCUCCUACAUCCAGGAUGAGACGAUCCCUGGCUACUCGGAGACGGAGCAGACCAUCUCCGAUGAGGAGAUCCACGACGAGCCCGAGGAGCGCCCGGCUCCACCCAGAUUCCCUCCAAGUACCUUUGACCUCCCUGGGCCUGAAGGUGCUGGCCCCUUUGAAGCCGGCCAGCCUGCAGACAGUGCUGUUCCUGUCACCUCCAGCAAAGGCUAUGGGGCGCCGGAGACUGAACUCCCCUACCCCACCAACCUGGUGGCCGCGCCACUGGCUGAAGAGGAACACGUGUCCUCGGCCACCUCAAUCACGGAGUGUGACAAGCUCUCUUCCUUUGCCACGUCAGUGGCUGAGGACCAGUCUGUGGCCUCGCUCACAGCUCCUCAGACGGAGGAGACAGGCAAAAGCUCCCUGCUGCUCGACACGGUCACGAGUAUCCCCUCCUCCCGCACCGAGGCCACCCAGGGCUUAGACUACGUGCCGUCGGCUGGCACCAUCUCACCCACCUCCUCGCUGGAGGAAGACAAAGGCUUCAAAUCACCACCCUGUGAGGAAUUCUCUGUGGCUGGGGAGUCGGAGAAGAGAGGAGAGGGGGUGGGGAGAGCAUUGCCUGGGGAGAGAGCUGUGGGAGAGGAAGAAGAGGAGCCAGCAAACGCAGAGGUGUCUGAGAAACUUCACCAGCAGUAUGGCUCCCCGAUGUUUGGGGCCCCUGGGCAUGCCCUACAUCCAGGGGAACCAGCCCAGGGAGAGGUGGAGGAGCGGUGCCUCAGUCCGGAUGACAGCACAGUGAAGAUGGCCUCUCCGCCACCAUCCGGCCCACCCAGUGCUACCCACACACCCUUUCAUCAGUCCCCCGUGGAAGAAAAGUCGGAGCCCCAAGACUUUCAGGAAGAAGACUCCUGGGGAGGCACAAAACACACACCCGGUAUGGACACGGAAGAUGCUGCAAAGGAGACAGUCAGGCCAGGGCCUGAAGAGGGCACCCUAGAGAAGCAGGGGGAGAGGCCUGUUCCCAGGAGCCCCCAGGCCCAGAUGGCACCUGUCGAUAUUCCAGGGGGACAUGCAGGCCGCACCAGUCCAUUGUUGCCAGUACAGGACGGAGCAAUAGUCUUCGAGACCACAGAGGCAGGAGAGCCCACAGGCCCAGUUCUAGCAACAGAAACCCUUCCCAGAGAUUUGAAGCCGUCGCUUCAAGAACCUGGUGAACCUCAGAAGGAGGAGGUACCCCAAUUUCCUGGCCAGAGCCUCUCUCCUGAAGAUGCAGAGUCCCUCUCUGUCCUCAGUGUGGUCUCCCCAGACACUGCCAACCAAGAGCCCACUCCCAGGUCUCCCUCUGGCCUACACAGAGACUUUUGGCCAGCGGCUUCUCCACAAGACACCCAGUCACUUUCUCUUUCCGAGGAGAGUCCCAGCAAGGAGACCUCUCUGGAUAUCUCUUCUAAGCAGCUCUCCCCAGAAAGCCUCGGAACCCUCCAGUUUGGGGAACUAAGUCUUGGAAAGGAGGAAAGGGGGCCUCUGAUGCAGGCUGAAGACACUGCUCACCACCCGGCUCCUGUUUCUCUCCCAGAGCCUCAUGCAGCCACAUUGUCACCUCCCAGAGAUGAGACCACUGGCUACUCCACACAGGGAGACAUCAUGUAUGAGAGCCCUGAUAGAAGAUCACCUGCCAGCUCCUUCUCUCAUCCUACACUGUCAGGUGAGGAGAAGCACUCACCUGGCGUGGUCACAAGCCCUGGCGAACAUAUUAUGACACCUGAUAGCUCCAUCACCAAGAGUCCAGAGUCUCUGCCAAGCCCUGCCAUGGAGGACAUUGUCAUGGAGUGGGAAGGGAAAGUUCCACGGUUGAAAGAUGGAACCCCCGAGGAGAAGGACAGGGAACCCGAACAAAAGGAUGAAGUCGUACAGCAGAAGGACAAAACCCUGCAACAGAAGGAUACUGCUGUAGAGCAGGGCACAGCCAUCUGUCAGAAAGAUGAGGCUCUGAGAGCAGGGGACGAGGCUGUGGAGCAGCAGGGUAAGGCUUUAGAACAAAAAGGCAAAGACAUAGACCAGAAGGAUGUGUCCCCAGAACAGAAGAGCAAGGCCCCAGAAGUGAAAGAUAAAGACUCGGAACAAAAAGACAAGAUCUUGGAAAUGAAAGACAAAGAUGCGGAACCAAAAGACAAGGCCCAGGAAGUGAAAGACAAAGACUCGGAACAAAAAGACAAGAUCCCGGAAGUGAAAGACAAAGACUCGGAACCAAAAGACAAGAUCCUGGAAGUGAAAGACAAAGACUUGGAACAAAAAGACAAGACCCCAGAAGUGAAAGACAAGAUCCCAGAAGACAAAGAUGAUGCCUUAGAACAAAAGGGCCCACCCCUGGAACAGAAGGACAAAGACUUAGAACAAAAAGACAAGGUUCUGGAACACAAGGAGAAGACCCCAGAAGAGAAAGACAAAGUCUUAGGACAAAAAGUCCAAGACUUUGAACAUAAAGACACAGCUCCAGAGGACAAGGUUCUGGAACCUAAGGGCAAGACAUCAGAACAGACAGACACAGUCCCUGAGCAGAAAGACAGGGCCCAGGCACAGAGAGAGAAGGCCUUAGAAGAAAAGGAUCAGCCUUUGGAGCAAAAAUACUGGGCUUUGGGAAAGAAGGAUGAGGCCCUGGAGCAAAGUAACACGGCUGCCGAACAGAAAGACAAGGCUUCAGGAGAGGACAAAACCCAAGAGGAUAAGACCAUGAAAGCAAAAGAGAUCCUAGGGCAGAUGUCCCCGACAAAGGCCCAGGCUGCAGGAGAGAAGGAAGAGACGGUGCUGGGGCAGACCAAAGCUCUGGGGCUGGAAGAAAGCCCAGUGCAGCAAGGCAAGGCCCACGAGCAGGAAGAGAAGUCCUGGAAGGAACAGGCUGUGGUCCAGGAGUGGCGAGAAACAUCUCCAGCCAGAGCAGAGCCAGCUGGAGAGCUGCAGGAGCCUGCCCGGGCCUGGGGCGACGCAUCUCCGGAGCAGGAGGUCAGGUACUGGAGGGGCCGAGAGGACGGGGCCCUGGAACAGGACAUGUACUGGAGGGAACUGAGCUCCGAGCGGAAGGUCUGGUUCCCUCACGAGCUGGAUGGCCAGGGGGCUCGUCCACGCUACCCUGAGGAACGGGAGAGCACUUUCCUGGACGAGGGCCCGGAUGGUGAGCAACAGGUAUCACCCCUGGAGCGCACCCCCUGCAGCCCCUGGACCUCAGACUUCAAGGAUUUCCAGGAGCCCUUCCCGCGGAAGGGCGCGGAGGUGGAGCGCUGGCUCGCUGAGUCACCAGUCGAGCUGCCACCAGAGGAAGAGGACAAGCUGACCCGCUCUCCCUUUGAGAUCAUCUCCCCUCCAACCUCCCCACCUGAGAUGGCCGGACUGAGGCUUCCUCCGGCACCAGGGCAAGAGAGCCCUAGCCCAGAGCCUAAGCCCAUGCCACCCAUGAGGAAUGAACCCAGCACCCCUUCAUGGCUGGCUGACAUCCCACCGUGGGUGCCCAAGGACAGACCCCUGCCCCCUGCCCCCCUUUCCCCAGCUCCAGCUCCCCCCACUCCUGCCCCAGAGUCACACCCUCCUGCGCCCUUCUCCUGGGGCACAGCUGAGUAUGACAGUGUGGUGGCGGCAGUGCAGGAGGGGGCAGCCGAGCUGGAAGGUGGCCCGUACUCCCCACUGGGGAAGGACUACCGAAAGGCUGAAGGGGAAAGGGAAGGAGGUGGGGCUGAGGCUCCCGACAGCAGCCUCCGCGGCCCCGAGGCUUCAGAGGCUGGAGGGAGCCAAGCUACCAGGGAGCCGGAGCAGGCGGAGCCCGAGCAGCGAGAGCCCACUCCGUAUCCUGACGAGAGAAGCUUUCAGUACGCAGACAUCUAUGAGCAGAUGAUGCUUACCGGGCUUGGCCCUGCGUGCCCCACCAGGGAGCCUCCCCUUGGAGCGGCCGGGGAUUGGCCCCCACGCCUCUCAACGAAGGAGGAGGCUGCCGGCCGCGACACGUCUGCAGAGAAGGAGCUCUCGUCUCCCGUCUCGCCCAAGGGCACCCAGUCGGACACGCCAGCCUUCAGCUAUGCAGCCCUAGCAGGACCCACUGUGCCCCCACGGCGGGAGCCAGAGCCAGGGCUAAGUGUGGAGCCCAGCCUCAGUCCACCUGCAGUGCCCCCUCGUGCUCCUAUCCCUCUGAGCAAAGGCCCAAGCCCCCCUCUUCAUGGUAACAUCCUGAGCUGCAGCCCGGAGAGGAGGACCCCGUCUCCCAAGGAAUCAGCCCGGAGUCCCUGGGAUGACAGCCCUAGUGACUCAGAGCUGGAGAAGGGGGCUCGGGAACAGCCGGAGAAAGAGGCCCAGUCCCCAAGUCCCCCUCACCCCACACCUGCAGGGCCCCCCACCUUGUGGCCUGAAACUGAGGCACAGACUAGUGCCUCCUUGGACUCACAGAUGGGGCCUGCCCGACCCAACCUGGACUUCCCGGCUUCAGCCUUUGGCUUCUCCUCAUUGCAGCCAGCUCCCCCGCAGCUGCCCUCCCCAGCUGAACCCCGCUCCGCUCCCUGCGGCUCCCUUGCCUUCUCUGGGGACCGAGCUCUGGCUCUGGCCCCAGGCCCUCCCACUAGAGCCCGCCACGAUGAGUACCUGGAAGUGACCAAGGCCCCCAGCCUGGACUCCUCACUGCCCCAGCUCCCAUCACCCAGCUCUCCUGGGGCCCCUCUCCUGUCCAGUCUGCCGCGCCCUGCCUCACCAGCCCUGUCUGAAGGUUCCUCCUCUGAGGCUACCACACCUGUGAUUUCAAGUGUGGCCGAGCGUUUCCCUCCAGGCCUGGAGGCUGCAGAACAUGGGUCUGGGGCGCUGGCCCCAGGUGUGGAAGCGGCCACCCACAGCCUCUGGGACCUCGCUCCCCUGAGUCCAGCACCCACUGCUUCACUGGACUUGGCCCCAGCUCCGGCUGCAAGCCUGCCAGGAGACAUGGAUGAUGGCACCCUGCCCUGCCGCCUGGAGUGCUUGGGGGCGGCCACCAAGAAGCCAAGCCCCUUCCAGGGUCCCUCUGGGGACUGUGCGGCCAAUGGACCAACUGGAACCAGCCCCCAGCCCCCAGGCCCCGCCACAGCCAAGGCGGAGAAAGAGGCUGAGGCGUGCCCUGCCUGGGAACGAGGGGCCUGGCCCGAGGGAGCUGAGAGGAGCUCCCGGCCUGACACGCUGCUUUCUCCUGAGCAGCCGCUGUGUCCUGGAGGGGGCGCUGGUGGCCCGCCCCACAGUCUCUCUCCCGGGGUUGAGGCUGGGCCCCAGGGAUGUGCUGCUGAGCCCCGGCCCCACCGCGGGGAGCUCUCCCCAUCUUUCCUGAACCCACCUCUGCCCACAUGCACAGAUGACAGUGACCUCUCGGCUGAGGAAGCCCGGCUGGUAGGAAGAGGGGGGCGGCGCCGGGCAGGGGGGCCAGGGCCCACAGGGGGCCCCUGCCCCGUGACUGACGAGACGCCGCCCACAUCAGCUAGUGACUCGGGCUCCUCACAGUCAGAUUCCGACGUUCCUCCAGAAACCGAGGAGUGUCCGUCCAUCACAGCCGAGGCAGCCCUCGACUCUGACGAGGAUGGGGACUUCCUACCUGUGGACAAAGCUGGGGGGGUCAGUGGGGCUCAUCAUCCCAGGCCUGGCCACGACCCACCCCCUCUCCCCCAGCCAGACCCCCGCCCGGCGCCUCCCCGCCCUGAUGUAUGCAUGGCUGACCCAGAGGGCCUCAGCUCAGAGACUGGGAGAGUAGAGAGGCUACGGGAGAAGGAAAAGGUGCAGGGGCGGGUAGGGCGCAGGGCCCCAGGCAGGGCCAAGCCAGCAUCCCCCGCACGCCGCCUGGAUCUUCGGGGAAAACGGUCACCCACUCCGGGGAAAGGGCCUACAGACAGAGCCUCUCGGGGCCCACCCCGACCACGCAGCACUCCAAGCCAGGUCACCCCAGCAGAGGAAAAGGACGGACACAGCCCCAUGGCCAAAAGCCUAGUCAAUGGACUCAAGUCAGGCCCGAUGGCCUUAGGUUCCAAGGGCGGCUCCGGCCCCCCUGUGUAUGUGGACCUCGCCUAUAUCCCGAAUCACUGCAGUGGCAAGACUGUUGACCUUGACUUCUUCCGUCGAGUGCGUGCAUCCUACUAUGUGGUCAGUGGCAACGACCCCGCCAAUGGCGAGCCAAGCCGGGCUGUGCUGGAUGCCUUGCUGGAGGGCAAGGCCCAGUGGGGGGAGAAUCUUCAGGUGACUCUGAUCCCUACUCACGACACAGAGGUGACUCGUGAGUGGUACCAGCAGACCCACGAGCAGCAGCAGCAGCUGAACGUCCUGGUCCUGGCUAGCAGCAGCACUGUGGUCAUGCAGGAUGAGUCCUUCCCGGCUUGCAAGAUUGAGUUCUGAAAGACCCAUUGUCCCCUCCCCAAGGAUCUGCUCCCCCAGCUCCUUUAGAGAAUGGCUACUGCUGAGUCCUUUGGGGUUGAGGGAGCUGGGAGCUGGGGGAGUGGGGCAGACAUAUCCAUUGUGGGGGUUUAGGCUGGGCUAAAUGGAAGGGGUUGUCCCUCUCCUGCAUCCAUUCCUGAGAGCGGUCUCAAAGCCAAAGGUAAGAGGGAUAGGAUUAGGGGAGGAUACAAAAUUAGGGUAGGAGGUCAUCUGAUGCCCGUGAACCCUGGAGUGUUGCCCUCUCCUGGCACUGCCAAAUGCUGGUACUAGAUGGGGAAUGAGGAUGGGUCUGAGAGCAGUCUCCUCUAUCAUGCGGCAAGGUCAUAACCCCAACCCCAAGGGACAUCUUUAUCCCAAUCUAUUUAUUUAGCACCCCAGAAAUGGUUUCUAUGAGUAAUUUAUGUGACCUGAGGGUAAGAUAACAUCAGUGAGGUACCCAGAGCUGCACCCCUUCUUCAUAUCCCAAUCUUCCUACUAGGGUCUGGUUUCUAGGAGGGGCCUGGGGUAUUACCGCUGCUACAUUGUCCUCCUGCUUCCUUCAGUAUCUCAAUGUCUCAGUCUAAAACCUGAAGCUCUUUAGACCAACGGACUGGUGAGAGGAGAGGAGCUUCUCUUUCCAUCCCUGCUUCAUCCCACUCACAUCCCAGGGCUGGGCCCAGAUCAGGCCUACUGAGCAGCACAAAGGGGCAAGGAGGCCCAGUCCCAGUCCCAGAGUUCUUCCCAGCUCCCUGACCCUGUGAAGUUCCAAUUAUCCUGACCCCUUCUCAUCCCCUGCUUGGCUUCUCUGCAUGUGGUCAUCUGCUGUGGCCUGGUGUGUAAUGGGUUAAAAAUAAGCCACUGCUUGACGUCCCAACAUCUGAAACCCCAGCGAUGUGUGACUCCCGGACAUUCCACUGUGCCAUCCUGCAGCUGAAAUGGGAACGCUGGCUGCCUCUCCAAACCCAGCUCUUGGACAGAGGAUUUGGGAGGUGGAGGCCAGGCCAGAGGACUUGGGGAAAAUGAGAGGGAGGAAAAAUAGAGGGAGAGGCAGCUGAGCUACAGCUUGACUCCUACAGAGCGAAAUGAGAACAGGCUGAAAAUACUACUCCAGGAGAGGACCUCACCCCAAGCAAGACUGUGAGCAGCCCCGCCAGACUCCUGCUGGACUGAGAAACCUGGAUGCUGAUAGUCAUCUGGGCUCGCCUUCUCUGCCAAACGACUGGGAAACCAAAAUGAGCCCACCUGUGUUCUUCCUAGCUCCCCCUCUUCCCGUGCUGCUGUGCUGUGCUCCUCCCCACACUUCCCUGCUAGAGUUCCCAGCUGCUGUAAUGGAGCCGCCUCCAACGUAACAAUAAAUCAAGUUCAUUGCA